CAUAACUUAAAACCUGUUUCGUUUCAAAGGAAUCUCCAAUAGAAUUAUUUGAUUCCGUUCUAAAAUUUUUAAUUUUUAUUGAAUUUUAGUUCCGCAUUUCAGUUGGCGAGACGCAUUUCUGGAACUUGGAUUUUUUUCAAAAAGAAGCAUUAAUUUUGGCCGCAACUUUAACCAUAUCUCAUAACCAUUUUUUUAAUAAAAAGAAUAUUCAAUAGAAUUUACUUGCUUUCGUUCUAAAAUUUCUUAAUUUCUAUUGAAUUUUAGUUGGCGACAGUUCACACGUUUUAAUGACUAACUGGAAGUUACCAUAACUUAACAAGACGCAUUUCUGGAAUUUGAAUUUUUUUCUUCAAAAAGAAGCACUACAAGAGGAAGAUGGAGUUCGAAGACAUCCUUCUAGAAGUUGGUGACUAUGGAAAAUACCAAAAGGACUUGAUUAUGAUCUUCCUCGUGCCAGCGGCAUCACUUCUCCCCUGGUUUUCCAUGAACGUUCUUUUCAUGGUGUCCGUUCCGGAACAUUGGUGCUAUGUUCCAGAAGUUGCUUCCUUGAAUUUGAGCAUCAGCGAGCAGCGAGCACUCAUCAGCCCGCCAAAAGGCAUCACAGAUUCUCCAUCCUGUUAUAUGUAUGAUGUAAACUAUACGGAUUAUCUGACUGGUGGAAAUUAUACUGUUCCCGAUAAUGCGUCAAUCAAGUCGUGCGAUCGAGGCUGGCAGUAUGACACCACUUAUUAUGAUUCCACAGCCGCUACCAAGUGGGACAUGGUUUGUUCAGAUGGCCAUUACACAAGCUUUGUUCUGACUUUGUAUAACGUUGGAAGUAUUAUUGGAACUCCAAUAUAUGGCUUGCUGUCUGACAGAAUAGGCAGGAAGCUAGUGUUCUUCAUCACCAUUGUAGUAACUGCAGUCACCGCGAUUUCAUCUGUGCUCAUGACCGACUUCACAGCAUUUGUAGUCAUCAAAACCAUCAACGGGAGUCUCAUGCCCUCCGUGUUCCAGCUUCCAUACAUCAUUAUUUUGGAAAUUGUGGGACCUGAAAUGCGAACUCGCAUGAACGGUAUAGUCAACUGUUCUUGGACGUUCGGACUUUGCUUCCUACCUCUGAUUGCCUAUUUGUCACGGAGCUGGGUGACGCUGGGACUCGUUACAUCCUCAGUGACACUUAUUUUCUUUCUCUACUGGACGUUUCUUCCCGAGUCUCCACGAUGGUUAGUGUCUCAGGAAAGGUAUGAAGAAGCAACUGUUAUCAUGAGCAAAAUAGCUGAGAAAAACGGCAAACCUCAAGAUUACAAAGAACUUCUCUCGAAGCUUCAGAAAUUAGGAGAAAAAAUCAAAAAAGAAAAAAAAGUAGAUGGUGUGGAAAAUUCUUCUGCUGAUCUCCUCCGGUAUCCGCAACUCCGGAAAAAAUUCAUAAUCAUCACUUUCUGCUGGAUGGCAGACAUUAUGGCCUAUUACGGUUUGCAAUUGAAUGUGAGCAACUUAGCUGGAAAUGAAUUCAUCAAUUUCUUCUUGUUAGCAUUGGUGGAAGUACCUGGAUAUUUGACUUGCUGGGUUGUCAUGGAAAAAUUCGGAAGAAGAUGGUGCACCGUCGCGGGAUUCUUGCUGACGGGUAUCGCAUGCAUGUUGCCAUCAAUAGAGUUCCAAUAUGGCGAUGUGAUUUGCUCCCUGAUUGGCAAGUUCUUCGCGGCUGGCACUUUCAUGGCCACCUACCAACAGAGUUCGGAGCUAUAUCCGACAGUCGUGAGGUCCCUCGGUAUGGGCAUGAGCAGCACCGUGGCGUUCGUGGCCACCCUCAUCGUACCCUAUCUGGUGUGGCUGAGUGUUUAUGGCAAGGCCAUUCCAUUCAUCAUCAUCGGAUCGUCUUGUCUGAUGGCUGGUUUGUUAGCGUCAUUCCUUCCAGAGACUUUGAACGAAAAUCUGCCGCAAACCAUAUUCGACGCUGAAGAAUUUGGCCGACAUCAGAAAUUCUUCUCUUGCAACAGACGCAGACGCUCCCUUAGCCGAGACCGUGCUUCGUCUUUCGGCUUGAAAGCCAAAGCGAUGGAGAUAUUCGCAACCAACGAGUCCAGCGAAGUCAACGCGAGAAGAGCUUCGCAGAUCCUCCGAAACAGAGACUUCAUCCCUGAGCGAAAACCAUCGGCAGACCAGGAGAAAAUAGUCAACGGCGAACUCAGGAAAAGAAACGCCACAGAUCCAGAAGUCGAAAGAUCCAGAUCCACGGAUCCAGAAGUCCCCGAAGCGCCGGCAGCAGAGUCACCGGGAGUUGGGGAGCAAUCUGGGCAAAACGAAAGUGAAGUUUCCGAAGGUCGGGAACCAGAGGUUAAAUCUGCAAAUUUGAAUGAACCUCGGGUUUCCGCAGAGCUUGGAAAUGACAGACUUCCCAGUGUCGAAGAUGUAUCAGUUCCGAAUGAGAUUACGGAAAAAGAAUUCGCGUAUGUGAAUCUCGUUUUUGAAAAUAUUGACAAAAACGAGGCUCAUAAAAUCGCAAAUGGUAUUGAAAAUAAAAAUUGCUCGUAGUAAAAAUUAAAAGAACUAUUAAUUAAUUUUUAGUUAUCGUGCUUUGAAAUAUAUGCUCAUGAGGAACUUGGUAGUAUAAUCUCACUUUUAAUUUGAGCUUAAGCAUUUCCACAUGCUUCACUAUGAGGCGUAUGACUAAGCAUGGCGCCACUGAAUACUGACGGACCAUGGCAAUCGCUGAAACCCAUGGCAACAAAGAGGGCGCUACAGGGCACCCCUGUUUUCGUUACUUUGCCAUUGAUUGGAGGAUACAGGGGUUCCCAGUGGCCCCUCUUCCGGUAAAAAUGGAUGACGUCCAAUCAAAAAUAUAAACUAACUUUGAAACAUUGAUUAUGAUUGGUGGAUAUAUGAGCUGCAUUUAAACGUUAAGAUUGAUUGGUGGAUGAUCGGUUUAACACAGAUGAGCUGCAUCGGUUUAACACAGAAAAGUCAAAAGUUGUCAAGGCCCGUAAGCGUAUUUAGUGGGGCCAUGGACUAAGGUAGCUUAAGUAGCGCCACGUCCGCCAUCUUGGGGCUAAAUGCCGCUUCCUUCCUAUACCUGCUAUAAUGAAGUAGCGUGUUUUGCUUCUUGAUUGCGGAUAAAGCUAAUAAGAAACCACAAUCAAGAAGUAAAACACGUUACCUACCCAUAGCAGACAUAGGAAGAAAUCAUCGUUUAGCUCCACGAUGGCUGACGUGUCGCUACUUUAUUCUACGAUUCAGAGCUCAGACUAAGAACGGCGUGACCACAAAGUUCUUUCCUCACCAAGUCAUAUUUAUUUUUUUGAUUUGAAAAAAAAAAGCUAACAUUUCUGUGUAGUUUUAAAUUAUAAUAAUAAAAGUGCAAAAUAAGCAGGUAAAAUCACACAUUUUAAAUUAAAAUGAAAUUUUCUGCAACAUUUCUUACAACUAUACUUUGAUAGUUAACACAAGAAGAAAACCCUUCCUAUAAAUAAAUGCAUUGGUACCUGACAGAUGUAAAAUGCAUGCAUUCAAUAAUAAUGGUGGGAACGUUAGCUUUAUCGGGGGGGGGGGGGGCAUAUGGUCGCUUUACGGAUAGCAUUUAAUCUGUUUUUUGAUGUAGGAAAAUAUUUAGUAUUUUAUUUGUGAGAUUUUGUACAAAGAGAAGUAUGAUGCAUUUUUAAGAUAAAAAUAUUUUUACAAAUCCCUAAUUGUUAUUAAACGGUGUUCAUUUAUCAUAUACUAUUUUAUCGUUCAUUGUUUAAAACGAAUCUGUUUUCCCAUAUGAAAACUAAACAAUUCGUUUUGAAACGGUUCAUUUUGCAUUCAUGUACAACAUUUCAUAAAAGUGCACUGUAUCUUGAAGUAUAAAACUAAAGGUUAAAAUCAUGUUCAGCACUAAUUAGUUAAAACUUCAUUCUCCCCACUUUUUCUUAUAGUCAUAAAAACUAGUUUUUAUCUAAAACUAUUUUCGUUUGAAAUGAUGAAAUAUGAAUAAAAAGUUGCUAUAGUUUUUAAAGUUUUUUACGACGAUCCAUUUUUAUAUUAAAUAUACCUAGCUGAUGUAACUUUUUUAACGAAAAUGUUACAUCAGCACAAUGUUUUUAUUAAGUGAAAUAAAU